AUGGACUACACCUAUGAUGCAGAUUUGGAAGAAUUGUGUCCUGUUUGUGGAGAUAAGGUCUCAGGAUACCACUAUGGACUCCUUACAUGUGAAAGUUGUAAGGUAUUUUCAUUUGGAAUAACUCAUUAUUUAAAAUGUCCUUUCCCCCCCUUGUGUUUGUGGGUUUUGUGGCCCAUCAACCUAAUGUCGAUAUUUUCUCCAGGGCUUCUUCAAGAGGACAGUCCAGAACAAUAAGAGGUACACUUGUGCAGAAAACCAGGAGUGUAAAAUAGACAAAACACAGCGGAAGAGAUGUCCCUUCUGCCGAUUCCAGAAAUGCCUCAAUGUUGGCAUGAGAUUAGAAGGUAUGGUUCUCCUCAUCAUUCUUCCCCUUCAUUUGACGUUAUCAGUGAGAGCAUUUCAACAUUAUUGUCCAGAAUAAAUAUACCCUUAAUGUUGUGCUAUAUUUUUCCAUAUGCAUAUAUAUGCAUAUAUAUAUAUAUAUAUAUAUAUAUAUAUAUAUAUAUAUAUAUAUAUAUAUAUAUAUAUAUAUUUAUGACUGUAGAUCUAUUUGCAUUUUGUAAUAAUUUGCUAUUCGCCUAAAAUAUGUAGAUUUCUUCUUUAUGGCCGGUAGGCCUACAAUGGAUGCCUGUUUUAGCAAUCAGUUGCAUCUGGAUUGUUAAAUGUUUUUGCAAAAGUUGUAGUGGUAGCUUUGAAUUAGGGACAGACAAUAUACAGACUAGAGCGGUUUAGCAUGAGGGUCCACGUGGUUUUGUGAGGGGCUAGAGCGCGCAAAACAUGAGGGGGCCAGAGCGCGGAUUGCGCCAGUGAUUCCCAGGCAUGUGAUGCGAGAAAGCACCUGUUUCCGUGGAGAAAUUACACAUUCUUGACCUGCUGAUAAAACUCUGGGCUUCUCGCUGAGGUUUUAAACGGAUACGUUCUAUUUACAUCAACAAGGUUAACGUUAUGUAACUGCAAAGGCAUUAGCUUAUGUUGUGUACAGUAAAUUGUCAAAAAGAUAAUUCAAAUUUGUAAUAGAAUAAAGGAGAAUGGGUCACACUUUCAACAAACUAUCUGUUAAUGAGCAACUGCUUGCUACGGUUAUGGUUAGGGUAAGGUUAGUAGAUAGUUAGUUGAAAUGCUACUGAUACAUUUUAGUCAUUUAGCAGAUGCUCUUAUCCAGAGCCACUUACAGUUAGUGAGUGCAUACAUUUUCAUACUGGCCCCCCGUGGGAAACGAACACACAACCCUGGCGUUGCAAGCGUCAUGCUCUACCAACUGAGCUACAGUCUAUCCAAAUAAAGUGUUACCGGAGUAUGAUACCCUGGUGGUUGUUUUACACUGCUUUUUCAAAAAAUUGGUUCAGGAAACUGCCAAACACAUUCCUGACUAAAUUAGGCUAUUUUCCUGUGCACUUGUUAUGGCUGUAUUUUCAAUGAUAGAUGUUUGCAUGAGUUUCUUUAUAAGGACUUAUACAUUACCAGUCAAAAGUUUGGACACACCUACUCAUUCAAGGGUUUGUCUUUAUUUUUACAUUGUAGAAUAAUAGUGAAGACAUCAAAACUAUGAAAUAACACAUAUGGAAUCAUGUAGUAACCAAAAAAGUGUUAAAUAAAUCAAAAUAUAUUUUAUAUUUGAGUAUCUUCAAAUAGCCACCCUUUGCCUUGAUGACAGCUUUGCACACUCUUGGCAUUCUCUCAACCAGCUUCAUGAGGUAGUCACCUGGAAUGCAUUUCAAUUAACAGGUGUGCCUUCUUAAAAGUUAAUUUGUGAAUUUUUUUUCAUUCUUAACGCGUUUGAGCCAAUCAGUUGUGUUGUAACAAGGUAAGAACAGCUCAAAUAAGCAAAGAGAAACAACAGUCCAUCAUUACUUUAAGACAUGAAGGUCAGUCAAUACUUAAAAUGUCAAGAACUUUGAAAGUUUCUUCAAGUGCAGUCACAAAAACCAUCAAGCGCUAAGAUGAAACUGGCUCUCAUGAGGACUGCCACAGGAAUGGAAGACCCAGAGUUACCUCUGCUGCAGAGAAUAAGUUUAUUAGAGUUACCAGCCUCAGAAAUUGCAGCCCAAAUAAAUGCUUCACAGAGUUCAAGUAACAGACACAUCUCAACAUCAACUGUUCAGAGGAGACUGUGUGAAUCAGGCCUUCAUGGUCGAAUUGCUGCAAAGAAACCACUACUUAAGGACACCAAUAAUAAGAAGAGACUUGCUUGGGCCAAGAAACACGAGCAAUGGACAUUAGGCCAGUGGAAAUGUGUCCUCUGGUCUGGAGUCCAAAUUGGAGAUUUCUGGUUCCAACUGCCGUGGCUUCGUGAGACGCAGUGUGGGUGAACAGAUGAUCUCUGCAUGUGUAUUCCCCACCGUAAAGCACGGAGGAGGAGGUGUUAUGGUGUGGGGGUGCUUUGCUGGUGACACUGUCUGUGAUUUAUUUAGAAUUCAAAGCCCACUUAACCAGCAUGGCUACCACAGCAUUCUGCAGCGAUACGCCAUCCCAUCUGGUUUGGGCUUAGUGGGGCUAUCAUUUGUUUUUCAACAGGACAAUCACCCAACACCUCCAGGCUGUUUAAGGGCUAUUUUACCAAGAAGGAGAGUGAUGGAGUGCUGCAUCAGAUGACCUGGCCUCCACAAUCCCCCGACCUCAACCCAAUUGAGAUUGUUUGGGAUGAGUUGGACUGCAGAGUGAAGGAAAAGCAGCCAACAAGUGCUCAGCAUAUGUGGGAACUCCUUCAAGACUGUUGGAAAAGCAUUCCAGGUGAAAAUGCCAAGAGUGUGCAAAGCUCUCAUCAAGGCAAAGGGUGGCUACUUGAAGAAUCUCAAAUUAAAAUGUAUUUUGAUUUGUUUAACACUUUUUUGGUUACUACAUGAUUCCAUAUGUGUUAUUUGUCCAAUUUGCAAUUUGUAAGUCGCUCUGGAUAAGAGCGUCUGCUAAAUGACUAAAAUUUAAAAAUGUAAACAAUUUCACUUUUGACUGGUACUGUAUAAGGAAUUAUUUUACACGAGUGACAUUUGUCCAUGAUAUCUUUCUGGCUAUAGUAGCCUAGUAACAAAUUGCAUAUAAAGAUCCACUGUUGUCGAUCUAGUUCUGUUUCUCAACGUGAUGUCUCUUCCUUUGAUAGCGGUGCGUGCAGACCGCAUGCGUGGGGGCAGGAAUAAGUUUGGCCCCAUGUACAAGCGGGAUAGAGCCAUGAAGCAGCAGAAGAAGGCUUUGAUCCGUUCCACAGGCUUCAAGCUGGAGUCUGCUCCUCCACAGCUCUCCCCUGUACAGACUAACUAUGGCUUCACCGGCACCCUGCACAGCCUCCCCUCCCUCCCCAAAGGGCUCAUGCCCUCCAUCCCAGCCUCCAACAAUGCCACAGACUACGAGGCCAGCCUCUACGGACCCCCCUCCCUGGGGGUGGCCAUGCAGCCCCAUGGACCCCUGCCCACCCAGUACCAGUACACAGCAUUCCCCAGUAGGGCCAUCAAGUCUGAGUACCCUGACCACUACACAAGCUCCCCAGAGUCUCUGGUGGGGUACCCCUUACCGGACGUGUACCCCACCGGUGGCUCCCCGCAGGCUCCCAGCCUGCCCCCCCUUGUGCUGGAGCUGCUGCGUUGCGACCCAGACGAGAUGCAGGUGCAGAGUAAGAUCAUGGCCUUCCUGCAGCAGGAGCAGAGUGGCCGGGGCCGGCAGGAAAAGCUCAGCACCUUCAGCCUCAUGUGUCGCAUGGCAGACCAGACUCUGUUCUCCAUAGUGGAGUGGGCCAGGAGCUGCAUCUUCUUCAAGGAGCUCAAGGUAAGCUCCCAGGCUCCAGUCCACACAGAAACGAUAGGCGAGAGAUGCACAUUGAGAAAGUAUCCUUAUAACCAUGAUCACAGUAUCAUAUAUUAUCAUUGUAAUGAUCUUAUUAUUCCACUUAAUAGAUAAGUGAUAUCAAGAACAUUCAAGAAUAAAUUAUAGAGGUAGAGCUUUAUCUUUUGGUUACCUGAUGUUCUUGCUGGAACGCUGCACCCACACACAGGUAUUCGCAGUAAAGAAUGAAGGCCUGUGUAAAAUGUUAUAUUUAUUAUGACAGAUAGCUGUCAUUGUUUCUGCCCCUCCUUGUUCCUGGUGGUGGCACUCAAACAGAGCAGCAGUUAAGGAGAUGACACCAUAACCCAGUCUGGGUAAUGAUUUCAGAUGCAUCACUGUCCAAGCCAGAUAGGCCUUGUACUUUAAUUAUCUUUGUCAACUGAAUGGUGUAUUUUAGUUGUGCCAUACUGUACAGCAUAAGUUAUGGCUCCAGUCAAAUUUUACUCCCGGCCCCAGAGAGAGACAUCAAUACUGUUGUUGGACACUGUAGUAGCUGACCUGGAUAUGUUAUGUUACAGAGACAAUGCAAGGAGACAAAGCAUGCUGGUCUUGAUGAGGGACAGUAUUUAUUUUUAAAAUACAAAAUACAUUUAUAAUUAAAAAUAUUAUCGCAGUUUACCCUUCAUUGGUAUCAGAAGUCUGAUGACACUAUGUUGUGAUAAGAGCAUCUGCUAAAGGAACUACAUUUAAUUGUAUAUGUAAAAAUGGACAAUUGCAAAGCAUGCUAAGUAUUAUUCUAAUGAGCUCUGCCCGACACAAGGCCAAUAAUAAUACCCAGUGUGCUUUGCAGUUAAUUUUGGUAUGUUCAUUUUCAUAUAUAUAUUUACGUUUUGGUCAUUUAGCAGAAACUCUUAUCCAGAGCGACUUACAAAUUGCAAAUUGGACAAAUAACACAUAUGGAAUGAAAAAAACAUAUCUCAGUUAUAGCAAGUAAAACGUUUCUGUAACCGUUACCGAGAAUGUUGUUGUUGUUCGGGCCAGCUACUUGCAAAUGAAUUUCUGUACUUUAAAAUACAAAAUACAUGUAUUUUAAUGAAAUACAUUUCAAAAUACAAGUAUUUUGUAGUCUAUUUUGAUACAUUAAUCUUUAUGGUAUUUUGUAAUUGUAUUUUGUCAUUGUUACCCAUCCAUGAUGAAGGCUGACCAGUGGUAUUGCUCAAUGGUCACUGUGCUAUUUGUUCAUGCUGUCCUCAGCCAGAGAAUGGUUUGCGACGGGAACUUACUAACGGAUUGUUUGCUCUUUGCAACGUGAAACAUUAGAAAACAUGUAGCACCAGGUCUGAAUUGAAGCGUAUAUUUAGAAGCAACUUUUUGUCACGUUAUUGUUAUCUCUCUCUCAGCCUUAUCUCAGAGACAGUGAGUCCAUUGUGUGGAUUUUCUGAUGGGCCACACUCCCUGAGUGAGAAAGGAAAAUGGUACAGUGCCUUCAGAAAGUGUUCAUACCCCUUGACUUAUUUCACAUAUUGUUGCGUUACAGCCUGAAAUCAAAAUGGAUUAAAUAUAUAAAAAAAUCCUCACCCAUCUACACACAAUACCCCAUAUUGACUAAGUGAAAACAUGUUUGUAGAAAUCUCUGCAAACCUAUUGAAAAUUAAAUACAGAAAAAAUCAUUUACAUAAGUAUUCACACCCCUGAGUCAAUACUUUUUAGAAGCACAUUUGGCGGCGAUUAUAGCUUUGAGUCGUCUUGGGUAUGUCUGUAUCAGAUUUUCUCCCAUUCUUCCUUGCAGAUUUUUUCAAGCUCAGUUAAGUUAGAUGGGGAGCGUUGGUGAACAGGAAUAUUAAAGUCUUACCACAGAUUUUCAAUGGGAUUCAAGCCUGGGCUUUGGUUUGGCCACUCAAGGGCUUUCACAUUCUUGUUCUGAAGCCAUUCCAGCGUUGCUUUGGCUCUAUGCUUGGGGUCAUUGUCCUGUUGGAACGUAAAUCUUCUCCCCAGUCUAAGGUCGUUUGCACUCUGAAGCAGGUUCUCAUCAAGGAUUGGCCUGUAUUUGGCUCCAUUCAUUGUUCCCUCUAUCCUUACCAGUCUCCCAGUCCCUGCCGCUGAAAAGCAUCUCCAUAGCAUGAUGCUGCCAUCACCAUGCUUCAUGGUAGGGAUGGUGUUAGACAGGUGAUGAGCUGUGCCUGGUUUUCCCCAGACAUAGUGCUUUACAUUCAGGCCAAAGAGCAAUUUUUAUCUCAUCAAACCACAUAAUCUAUUGCCUUAUGCUCUCAGAGUCUUUCACGUGCCUUUUUGCAAACUCCAGGCGUGGUGUCAUGUGCCUUUUUCUCAGGAGUGGCUUCUGUCUGGCCACUCUCCCAUAAAGUCCAGAUUGGUGAAGUGCUGUAAAGACUGUUGUCUUUCUGACAGGCUCUCCCAUCUCAGGAACUCUGUAGUUCUGUCAGAGUGGUCAUUGGGUUCUUGGUCACCUCCUUCACCAAGGUCCUCCUUACCCGGUUGCUCAGUUUGGUUGGACGGCCAGCUCUAGGCAGAAUCUGGGUAGUUCUAUAUUUUUUCAAUUUCCCAAUGAUGGAUACCACUGUGCUCUUGGAAACUUUCAACACUGUAGAAAUUGUUUUAUACCCUUCCCCAGAUAUAUGCCAUAUCACAAUUCUAUAGUAUAGUUUCUGCUCUGACAUGCACUGUCAACUGUGGGACCUUAUAUAGACAGGUGUGUUUCUUUCUAAAUCAUGUCCAAACUAUUUAAUUGGCCACAGGACUCCAAUCAAGUUGUAGUGACAUCUCAAGGAUGAUCAAAGGAAAUUGCACCUGAGGUCAAUUUAGAGUGUCAUAGCAAAGGGGUUUGAAUACUUAUGUAAAUGAUACCCAAGACGACUCAAAAAUACCCAAGACGACUCAAAGCUAUAAUCGCUACCAAAGGUGCUUCUACAAAGUAUUGACUCAGGGGUGUGAAUACUUAUGUAAAUGAGAUACUGUAUUUAAUUUACAAUACAUUUUCAAAAAUGUCUAAAAACAUGUUUUCACUUUGUCAUUAUGGAGUAUUGUGUGUAGAUGGGUGAGAACAAAAUACAUGUAAUCAAUUUUGAAUUCAGGCUGUAUCACUACAAUAUGUGGAACAAGUCAAGGGGUAUGAAGACUUUCUGAAGGCUCUGUAUCUCUGUAUAGGCUGUGUCAGAGGGAUACACACAGUGGCCAGUGGCCCCUCACUUUAGUUUACUUUAGUCUUUCUUUAGGGGUGGCAGGCCUAUAUGCCUAUGAGGACCCACGUUCUAAUGCAGUGAUCAGUGGUUAGUAGUUACGGCAGGAUCAUCAGGACUAUGGUGUAAGACCUGACUGGGGAGGAGAAUUCUGCCCCCGGACAAACAAUGGUCUGAGACAUAACAUCAACGAUAGUGAUGGGGUUUCGUUUUGAAAUAAUAUCAGAUAAAAAGGUCAUCAAAUCUUAUUUUAGUACAUUGUAUGUAAUCUCAUCUAGCUAUGGGAUUAUGAUUAUGGAGAAUGUGAGAGCCUCUUAUGUGUCUCUGUGUGUAUGUGAGUGUGCGUGUGUGAAAUAUUUUGUGUUGGUCCUGUAGGUCCAACCCGGGAGCAAGAUUGGACUUCUCCUCUGGACAGAUAUAUAGUUUCAUUCGAGGGGUAGUAAUUCUGUCAUCCCCGUGCCAGAUGAAUGUGUGUCCGGGUGCGGGACAAUGCUAUUAGGGGGCUACAGCAACACUCAGUGUGUCACCAGCUGCAGAAUUACUGACUGAGUCGUCCUUCGGCUCCCAGAGUAAUAUGUGCUAGCAGUGAGUGUCCAAUCACCCCCCUCCCCCCCCCUGGCCACCUCAGCCCCUCACACACCACACACUCCUGUCGGCUUUAAUGGGCAGGGCUAGGGGGGUGACGGAGGACAGGGAGAGGUGAGGAGGUGGGAGAGGUCAUCUCUGUGGCUCGUAAAUGCAGCGUGAUGAGACGCGAGACACUGACACCAGCCCCAGAUGCUGGAAAUAUGGCACAAGGACCCUCAUCUUCCUCUCUUGGUUUUAUAGUCACCCCAUUUAUCUGUCCACGUAGCUAUGGUGUGUUUCAGGUGGAACCACACUAUCCCAUGUCGAUGCUAGCUUUUAAGGGGGUUGAUAUUAAAUUGAUGCCCGCUUGAGGUUGUAAUAUCAGUGUAGGCUGUUUUAUUUGACAUUGGGUUUGACAUUAGAUUGGUUCUCCACUACCACUAUGUUUUGCCAGCUGUGUGGAAUGAGUUUGAGCUUUGAGGUGACCUGUUGUUUUCUGUUUAUUCUUUGAGGUGGGGGAUCAGAUGAAGCUUCUUCACAACAGUUGGUCUGAGCUGCUGGUCCUGGACCAUGUCUUCAGACAAGUGCAGCAUGGGAAGGAGAGCAACCUGCUCUUGGUUACUGGCCAGGAGGUAAGCAGCCUUGCAGUUCCAACAUAAAAAUAAUGCAAUGCUCAUUCAUUAAUGAAUACCAGAAAUACAUACAGUCUCACACACACAUGCAUUCAUCAUGUAGUCAUUACAAAUACACAACCUCUAUGGAUAGCAAUACAUAUUUGUGUAGAUAGAUUUAUUUUGCAAUAAUGUGUCUCUACAAAGUAAUUACUGUUAUUACAUUGUUCCAAUGUAAUUACCACACAUUAUUUUAGUGACACAAUAUAAAUUGGGACUAUAUCCACAAAUAGAUAGAUAGAUAGCCUACUACUGUAAGCGGAGACCCUGUUAUUGUAAGGAGUGCCUAUCCCUGACCAAAUGAUGACCCACACAGAUGCCUGCUCUUGUUUUUCCACAUUUGGUCAUGUUUGGAGAUGCAGAAUAGAACAGGAAAAAACAACCAUCAGCUGACAGGCUUCAGCUUGUCUCUGCAGCUUGUAACUGACUCCUGGGUGGAGAGGAGAAAUAUAGCUGUUUGUUUUUAUUUGUCUCUUGUUGAAAUGCCGUUAUUUAUUUAUCAUAAGACAGCAGGAAAACUUAAAGCAUUUUUAUCUACAGACUAGGUUUGUGGGAACAGGAGGAAGUGCUAUUAUUUCUAGAAACUGCUAUGGGAAUUGGAGGAUUUAACGUCCAAUAUGUUACAUACAAUAUCAAUCUCAUUCAUUUAGAAAGUGGUGAGAAACUACGGCUGACUCAUUAUAUGGCAUCUAUGUAUUUGUACUGAAGCUGUACUGUACUGUAAUUCAGUACAUUUGUACUGUAUGUGGUGGGUUUCCAGCACAAUUUAAAGCCUGUAUAUACAGUACAAUAUAAUGUUGUCCUCCUGUGUGGUAUUGCAGAUGGAUCUGUCAUCCAUGGGGUCCCAGGCAGGGGUGACUCUUUCAGGCCUGGUCCAGAGAGGACAGGAGUUGGCUGGGAGGCUGAUGACCCUGCAGGUGGACAGGAGAGAGGUUGCCUGCCUUAAGUUCCUCCUCCUCUUCAAUCCCAGUGAGUAGACCACAUGGAUAGACAGUACCAGUCAACAUUUUGGACACACCUACUCAUUCCAGGGUUUUUCUUUAUUUUUACUAUUUUCUACAUUGUAGAAUAAUAGUGAAGACAUCAAAACUAUGAAAUAACACAUAUGGAAUCAUGUAGUAACCAAAAUAGUGUUAAACAAUUCAAAAUAUAUUUUAUAUUUGAGAUUCUUCAAAUAGCCACCCUUUGCCUUGAUGACAGCUUUGCACACUCUUGGCAUUCUCUCAACCAGCUUCACCUGGAAUGCUUUUCCAACAGUCUUGAAGGAGUUCCCACAUAUGCUGAGCACUUGUUGGCUGCUUUUCCUUCACUCUGCGGUCCGACUCAUCCCAAACAAUCUCAAUUUGGUUGAGGUCGGGGGAUUGUGGAGGCCAGGUCAUCUGAUGCAGCACCCAUCACUCUCCUUCUUGGUAAAAUAGCCCUUACACAGCCUGGAGGUGUGUUGGGUCAUUGUCCUGUUGAAAAACAAAUGAUAGUCCCACUAAGCCCAAACCAGAUGGGAUGGCGUAUCGCUGCGUAUCGGUAGCCAUGCUGGUUAAGUGUGCCUUGAAUUCUAAAUAAAUCACAGACGGUGUAACCAGCAAAGCACCCCCACACCAUAACACCUCCUUCUCUUUGCUUUACGGUGGGAAAUACACAUGCAGAGAUCAUUCGUUCACCCACACCGCGUCUCACAAAGACACAGUGGUUGGAACCAAAAAUCUCCAAUUUGGACUCCAGACCAGAGGACACAUUUCCACUGGUCUAAUGUCCAUUGCUCGUGUUUCUUGGCCCAAGCAAGUCUCUUCUUAUUAUUGGUGUCCUUUAGUAGUGGUUUCUUUGCAGCAAUUCAACCAUGAAGGCCUGAUUCACACAGUCUCAUCUGAACAGUUGAUGUUGAGAUGUGUCUGUUAAUUAUUAUUAUUUGGGCUGCAAUUUCUGAGGCUGGUAACUCUAAUGAACUUAUCCUCUGCAGCAGAGGUAACUCUGGGUCUUCCAUUCCUGUGGCAGUCCUCAUGACAGCCAUUUCCAUCAUAGCACUUGAUGGUUUUUGCGACUGCAAUUUCGGUAUUGACUGACCUUCAUGUCUUAAAGUAAUGAUGGACUGUCGUUUCUCUUUGCUUAUUUGAGCUGUUCUUGCCAUAAUAUUGACUUGGUCAUUUACCAAAUAGGACUAUCUUCUGUAUACCCCCCUAGUCACAACACAACUGAUUGGCUCAAACGCAUUAAGAAGGAAAGACAUUUCACAAAUUAACUUUUAAGAAGGCACACCUGUUAAUUAAAAUGCAUUCCAGGUGACUACCUCAUGAAGCUGGUUGAGAGAAUUCCAAGAGUGUGCAAAGCUGUCAUCAAGGCAAAGGGUGGCUAUUUGAAGAAUCUCAAAUUAAAAUGUAUUUUGAUUUUUUAAACACUUUUUGGUUACUACAUGAUUCCAUAUGUGUUAUUUCAUAGUUUUCAUGUCUUCACUUUUAUUGUACAAUGUAGGAAAUAGUAAAAAUAACGAAAAACCCUUGAAUUAGUAGGUCUUCUAAAACUUUUGACUGGUAGUGUAGAUGUUCCAAAGCUCUGCAUUAGUGGUGUUUAGGCUAUGCGUGGAAGCCAGGAGAUGCUAAAUGUGUUUAUGCUAAUUAGGCAAUUACCAUGAGACCGGCAGUUAUUUGCUUGACAAUCACUAGCUGACAACAUUUCAUGGCCGCCGCAGCCCUAGGUGCAGUAUAUAGUGUCCAUUUGUCAGGUUGUUUUUGCUAGCUAGCUAGCUUCAUUCAGUUUAAGGGACACGUGCGCCAAAUUAUGUAAACACGCCCAAAUGUGCAGAGCUUACCCACACAACGUGUUUAGGCAAUACGCAUGCCCUUAAUUUGCAAUGCAAACAAAUGCCAGAUAGGCAAAGCAGCGAGGCAAAUGCUGACCCUGUCCUUUAACAGUGACUGGAGCCAGGAACUGCGCGCAAGUCAAUGAUUUGAAUGGAUGGGGACAUUGGGGAGGAAGGCAUGCAUACCCCAGGGCCGGUGUUAUGGGCGGGCCUUAGGGGUCCUGGCAAAGCGAGAGGGCUCACUCUCGCAAAAAUCUGUCCAGAAUAAGCCCAAUGGGUUUCUAUGUGCUUAAUGUACAGAGCUAAGCUUCCCGCCUUUGGGACAAUGACUCCCAAUGUUAGGAUGGAGACAUGAGCAUCUCGUCAUUAUAUACAGAUCUCUGGUUUCAGCCACACGAAUUGGAAAGGAAAGUUGGCAGGUGCACAGUGCACAGUUCGGAUGAUGGUUUCUCCUAAAGCAAAUGUAUGUUUUGCCAAAAUAAUAUAAUUACUCCUUUCUAAAUAAAAGUAUUCAAAAUACUUCCCCAGAGAGCAUGACUUAGCCAAUGAUAAUCAUUAGCUUCAUAAAAAAAUAGGCCUAUGCCUAUUUGGGAAGCCCCGAAUUUGGGCAGUGCGUGUGACAAUAGGCCUAGUUGACUAUUGAGUUGUGGCUGUCAGUGAAAAGCAUGUCAAAUAUGUGUGAAGAUAAUGUGUCUUGAAUAUCAUUUGUAAUGUUGAUACAAGAAGAAGGGGAGGGGUGUGUGGCAAAGAAAUGGCACAUCUCUUUCCAAAAUGCAUGCACUCAGCUCCCCGGAAUGUGUUUAGCUGUCUCCCGCUAAUUCUUGUGCAUUAAUUGUUUCAUUGUGUGAAUUGUUUGCCCUUUGAUUGUUUAUUUGUAUCAAUUCCCCAUUACACAUGUCACCAUUAGGCCUAGUAAAUGUACUGUUAAUCCCUGUCAUUUGGUUACAUUAAGUUAUGUUAAUGCAUGUAUCAAUUACAGUAAUUUACUGUUCUCAUUCUCGGAGUGGAAACGUUGUUUGCAGAGUUCACAACCUGCUACACUUGUGAGAAACAAGUUUUGGUUUAUUUCAUAACCAUCCAUUUUUUUAUUGUCUUUUGUUUGGAGUGCAUCCAUAUUUGUCUGGUUUCUCUGUCCUGAUGACUUUUAGGGAGCACACGCACAGAAAUACCUGGCCUGCUUAGCACAAAUGUAGGAAAGUGCCCAUUUGGGGAUGACUGAUUUCUGAUUGUCUUAAAGGAAAACCACACCCAAACCCACUAAUUCCUUUAAUUUACAGUGUUAAAUAACAUGAGAAUAAUAGUUUGGUGACCAAAUGUUUCCUUUUGGCGUUAUAAUAAGGUUGGUAGCAACAUGGAAAAUCGUUCUGGAAAUCGGUUGAAGCUCAAGUCGACUACAAAAUCCACAAUGUAAUGCUUUCUCCAUGGGCUGGCUGGACAAACGUAGCUACACACAAUAAUAUCAAAGACAAUAUGAACAUGUGAAGUAGCUGGUUAGCUGUAAAAUCGCCUAAACAAACUGCACUAUCAAUUUAGGAGUCGACAAUCUCACCAUGUUCAAACUGCCGAUCGAUGUGCCUCACAGAGAUGGGAAAUGUUGCCCAUGUUCCGGCAAUGGGCCGCGCGGUGCAUUCUCGGCGAUUCCGGGACAGAGCACUCUCCUUCAAGGAGUGAAUGGGAGUCUAUUGGGCGCUAGCUCAAAAACCCAACAUAAGCACGAAUUUCGUCAACAAGAAGUACAACAUUACAAAUAUUUUCCGAGAUGUGAGAUAAUUAAUUUGCUAUCUGUUGUGUCGUAUAGCUUUGGAAUCGUGACAUUACGUACUUUUGAGGAAAAUAGGCAAGUUUCUCGACAUAUACACUGACUCUGAGAAGGGAUUGCGUGAUGACAGGAUAUUUUUUUGUUGUCAUGUUGCGUGACGCAACGUGAACGCGAUUGGUCGACAGUCUGCUGUGUGAGGCGUUAUACGUUCAUUCAUUCAUUGAAUUCCUAUAUUUUUUCUAUAAUAUAUCUGGUAACGGCACAUGCAACGCACCCUGAACUAAAGAGGCAAACAAAUAGGAAAAAUGUGCUAGAACCUCCGUUAAAUUACACAUUUCUCGAGGUAGGAAUAUAGCAAAAAUAUGAUCAAUGGCUAAUUCCAGUGAAGACUGUAAUAUUCAUAUGUGUCAGCAUACUGAAUUGUAAUUGGAUGCAUUCUACUGUCAUAUCAUAUUGUGCUAUGAUUGGUUAAGACCACCCAGGUGGUAAGGUCAUUGGAAAGAUGAUCAUGGCCGGAGACACAUGAACAUGCCAGUUAUAGCUAGUUAAUAAAGAGCUACGUUUAUAAAUAUCCUGUCGUCCUGCAUUUUAUUAUUUUGUACAAAGCAUACAAAACAAGACAAAGACAUUGGCCAGUAUUGAAAUCUGACAUGCAUGAUAGACGUUUUCGCGAUCUUAAAGUCCUAUUCCUAUUAACUUCCAGUGUAGUCACAGUGCUACGUCAUUUAUCACCGUGCUACAUAACUUUAUCACAGUGCUACAUCAUACCAGCAGAAUUUCUGCCUGCUUGAAUGCCAAUAACUCAGAUACACAUGAAAACAUGAAAUUACCCAGGGAAUAGAUGGAACAUCACUCAUAGAUGCACAAAAACAAUAUAACAUUCAAAAUGGGUGAACCUUUCUUUAACUCAGCACUUCCACCACUAAUAAGCUGAGCUUCUUCAUUUUUUCUUCAGCUCACACAGUAAGUCAACAAAGUCUGUUUUUUAACAUCCAUUGAGAAUGAUAAUAGUUCCUCACAGUAUUAGAAAAGUAUUUUCAACACUUUCCUGGCCUCGAUAAUUACGAAGCCUUGGUGUGAAAGAGCAAAAUGUCAUGAUUUGAUGAUCCCAUAUAUCCAGUGGAAACGUCAUAAAAAAACAGCUGUCUGUCCGGAACUGGCGCAGGAAACUCUGAGGGCCCAUAAUAGGCUAGUUGAUACAAUGUUGCAAAUUCGCUAGCCACAGCUUCGGGCUGGACCCAGUUGAUUGAUUUGAUACGUUGCACUUCACGAGCAUAGCUCAUGCAAGACAGAUAGAAAGGGAGGCAGACAGGAUAUUUUCUACUGUUUUUAUUUGUCGGCUUUAGGCCUAUGUGUUUAGCCGCAAAUGGAUCACAGUGUAUCAAUGUGUCAAUAUAGCUGAGGCUGGUGCUCUCCCAUUAGUUAAAUUUUUGUCAUUUUAAUUCAGAUUUUUAUUAUUAACCACGUGGCAAUGAUUUUGAGAAAUUAGAACUUUAUUAUUGAAAUUAAACUUUUCCACAAAAAAUGAUCAAAACUGGCACGCAGAUCGGUAGAAAUGGUAGGAUAAAUUGUAAACUCACAGGCCGCCUAUGGUCUUCACUAUAAAAAUAAAUUAUAAAAAUAAAUUAUGGAAAUCGGCCAGCCCUGGCGCCUGUCCUGAGGUUUUGAUGCAGUUUUAGUAAUAUAAAUUAUUUUACCCAUAAAAACCACCAGAAUAUUUCGAAAAAGCAUUAGAUAACAAAAAAGAAUGACCAUUUUUAUAUAAUUGUAUUUUCUAUUUGGCUUUUCAUAACAGCUUUUUAAAUUAGAUUAUCACAGUGUAAGCACUGCCUACACUGCCUACCCUGACUGCACGACAUACAGCUCAUGUAUAGCUUAUUACAGCUAGCUCAAGAAUGGAAUAGAUUUGUGAUAGACCACAUAACAGCACUUUUUUUCUCAUCCUUGAAAAUUAUUAUGGCCUUUCAAGUUCUGAAUUUGAUUAGGUUUGAGGUACUUCUUCACACUUUUUUGUAAUGUUGCUGUGGUUUGGGCAAAUAACUUUGUCAAAAGCGUUAGUUGGAAAUAGGUUUUAGUUGACAAGAUGGUACGGAUCUAUUCAACCCACGCUGUCCCAUUUAUUUUGAAAGGCAGUAGUGACAUUUUAAAUGGAAAUGUCACAGCCAUUGAUAUAUGUUUAUUUUCCCAGAAGGUUACAACUGUUGUCUGAACCAAUCCUUUAUUCUCAGGUAAAUUCACUUAAUUAAAUGUAGGGCCUUGUCAAAAGGCAACAUUAACAAAGAAGACAACUCUACCCAUUAUUCCUUAAUAGCACUCAAUGGAACAAUAAUGGAUGGGCCUAUCAAUCGAUAGUCUGACUGACAUUCAUGCAGUUCCUUCUGCAUAUGUUGUGUGUAUGGACAGCAGUUGCCCAGAUUCCCUUAAGCGACAGCUAUUUAGCGCCAGCGAGCUGGGAACAAAAGGCUUUAGAAUAAUGAGAGCACUCGUCACAGGCAGAAAAUAUUGCCAUCUCCGUUGAAUGUUUCAUUCUGUCGCUCUCUCUCUCUCAUCUUUCAAUCAAUGAGUCAGGUUUAUCAGGGCAAUUUAAUUGCCCUUAAGCGUUUUGAAAAGAUUAUUCAAAAUAUUUAAUUACUCUAUGAAUACCUCUCCUGGCAGGACUCAGCUGAUGCUGAAUAGAAGUCCAUUUGAGGACUUCAAGCUAUUGUCACACACACACACACACACACACACACACACACACACACACACACACACACACACACACACACACACACACACACACACACACACACACACACACACACACACACACACACACACACACACACACACACACACACACACACAACCCUGCUGCAUACUGUACAUAUCCAAUGUACCAGACAAUGAAUAUUGGUAAUACACUGAUGCAAUUUCAAUGCUAAAGUUUAGGCCUACACUUGAUCACAAAAAGUUGCUGAUGCUAACACUUAACACUGGGAUUUGAGGAACAGUUUCAAAUAAAUAAAUAAAUAUUCUCCCAUUUAUGUGAUCAUCUAGAGAGUAAUUGAAUCCCCUUAAAGCCCUUUCCUAUGUCCCUGUCCAGAUGUAAAGCUGUUGGAGAAUCAAGCGUUUGUGGAGAGUGUUCAGGAGCAGGUGAAUGGGGCUCUGCUGGAGUACACUCUGUGCACCUACCCCUUGUACCUGGACAAGUUCAGCCAGCUGGUGCUGCGUCUGCCAGAGCUGCGAGCCCUCAGCACCCAGGCAGAGGACUACCUGUGCUACAAACACCUGAGUGGGGAGGUGCCCUGCAACAACCUGCUCAUCGAGAUGCUGCAUGCCAAGAGGGCCUGUGUAUGA